CUUUUCUUGUCUUUAUUUCAGGCGAGAAAUGCAGAGAAAGCUAUGACAACUUUGGCUCGCUGGAGGGCUGCCAAAGAGGCCGAAACCGGGGAAAAGGACAGAAGACCAUACUUAGCUUCAGAGUGCACAGAUCUAUCCAAGUGUGAGAAGUGGAGGCUUGAGAUAAUCCGAGAAAUUUCAAAGAAAGUCGCUCAGAUUCAGAACGCCGGAUUGGGUGAGUUCCGGAUACGUGAUCUCAAUGAUGAAAUAAACAAGCUCCUGCGUGAGAAGCGCCACUGGGAGAAUCAGAUAUCAGCCCUAGGGGGCCCCCAUUAUCGUCGCUAUGGCCCCAAAAUGUUCGAUUCCGAGGGCAGAGAAGUUCCCGGGAAUCGAGGCUACAAAUAUUUUGGGGCAGCAAAGGAUUUGCCCGGUGUCCGGGAACUUUUUGAGCAAGAACCACCUCCACCUCCUCGAAAGACCCGAGCAGAGCUCAUGAGAGACAUCGAUGCUGAUUAUUACGGCUACAGAGACGAUGACGAUGGGAUUUUGCUGCCACUAGAAGAGAAGGCAGAGAAGAUGGCAAUCCAGCAGGCAGUGGCUGAAUGGAAGGAGAAGCAGGCCAGAGGAGAUACAGCCACUGAAGAGGAAGAUGAAGAUGAUAUUUACACGGUUGAUGCAGAUGUUGAUGAAUCUUCGAAACAGGUAUCAAAUGAUGAUCCAAUGGGGCUCCUUGGACCAAGGUUUACAGCUCAUGUACCAGUACCUUCUCAAAAGGAAAUCGAAGCUGCUUUGCUGAGGAAAAAGAAGCAAGAAUUGUUAGAGAAAUACGGAAUUUAGAAAAUAUGAAUAAAUAUUUUUU